AUGGUAACUGCGGAUUUGAUCCUCCCUGGCAUUCUUCUCUGCUGCCUUGCUGUUCCUCUCCUUCUUCUCCGUUCCUUUGGACGGAAACCGAGGCUCAACUUGCCUCCUGGCCCUCUUGGGCUACCCUUCAUCGGGAAUCUCCAUCAGCUAGGAAAGAACCUCCAUCGCUCCCUCCUCCGCUUGGCAAAUAAUUAUGGGCCUCUCAUGUACCUGAAGCUCGGUAGCGUCUCAACCCUCAUCAUCUCCAAUGCCGACAUGGCUGAAGAAAUCCAUAGGUCGCACGAUUCAGUCUUCUGCAGCCGGCCCACCCGCACCGUCCCAAAACGUCUCCUCUACGGGGACCACGGGGUUUCAAUGUAA